CCUAGCUCCUUCGGCCUCGGUUUUCUAGCAGAAACGUGAUGGGGGCUGGACUUUGAUCUUCAGAUUCUGUUUGAGACGCGAAAAAAUCAAAAUUACAAGGGCCAUGGAUUGCCAAAGGGAAAAGAGCGAAUUAUCUAUAUCUACAAAAAAAUCUUACUGGGAUUUUGAUCCCAGGAAUCGCAUUAGAUCUGCACACCAACCUGGGAAGAAUUGACAUCUCUACUCUGCUGAGUUUUCCAAUCCAUGAACACGAGAGCAGAGAGCAUCAAUCCGGUUCAAGACCACUCUUAUGAAUACUCUCAUGGAUGUCCUUCACCACAGGCCAGGAUGGGUGGAAGUAAAGGAUGAAGGGGAGUGGGAUUUCUACUGGUGUGAUGUCAGCUGGCUCCGGGAGAAUUUCGACCACACCUACAUGGAUGAGCACGUGCGGAUCAGUCACUUCCGAAACCACUACGAGCUGACCCGCAAGAACUACAUGGUGAAGAACCUGAAGCGCUUCCGGAAACAGCUGGAGCGCGAGGCGGGAAAGCUGGAGGCAGCCAAGUGCGACUUCUUCCCCAAAACCUUUGAGAUGCCCUGCGAGUACCAUCUGUUUGUGGAGGAGUUUCGCAAAAACCCAGGAAUCACCUGGAUCAUGAAGCCUGUAGCCCGGUCGCAGGGGAAGGGCAUCUUCCUCUUCCGGAGGCUGAAGGACAUCAUGGACUGGAAGAAGGACACAAGAAGUUCUGAUGACCAGAAAGAUGAUAUUCCCGUGGAGAGCUAUGUAGCUCAGCGUUACAUUGAAAAUCCCUACCUGAUAGGAGGCCGCAAGUUUGACCUGCGUGUCUACGUGCUGGUGAUGUCGUACAUGCCGCUGCGAGCCUGGCUGUACCGGGAUGGCUUCGCCCGAUUCUCCAACACCCGCUUCACACUGAACAGCAUUGAUGACCAGUAUGUUCACCUCACCAAUGUCGCCGUGCAAAAGACGUCUCCCGACUACCACCCAAAGAAGGGCUGCAAGUGGAUGCUGCAGCGCUUCCGGCAGUAUCUGGCGUCCAAGCACGGGCCCGAGGCAGUGGAGACGCUCUUCAGUGACAUGGACAACAUCUUCAUCAGAAGCCUGCAGAGCGUGCAGAAGGUGAUCAUCAGCGACAAGCACUGCUUCGAGCUGUAUGGCUAUGACAUCCUCAUAGACCAGGACCUCAAGCCGUGGCUCCUGGAGGUCAAUGCAUCCCCAUCACUGACAGCCAGCAGCCAGGAGGACUAUGAGCUCAAGACCAGCCUCCUGGAAGACACCCUGCACGUCGUGGACAUGGAGGCCAGACUCACGGGAAGGGAGAAGCGAGUGGGAGGCUUCGACCUCAUGUGGAACGAUGGCCCUGUCAGCAGAGAAGAUGGGGCUCAUGACCUGUCAGGGAUGGGGAACUUUGUGACCAACACGCACCUUGGCUGCGUCAAUGAUCGGAAAAAACAGCUGAGGCAGCUGUUCCGCUCCCUUCAAGGCCAGAAGAAAACUCCCAACUAAUCCCCAGCGCAGAGGAGAGCGACCCGGGCAGGUGCCACACCAGUCCUCUCCCUGCUCCCAG